AUGGUGUCCAGGAGAGCCGUGGCAUUUUUGCUGGUGGUGUACGUAGCAGCCAUGAUGGCCGAAGGCUUCGUUCCGAUCUUCACCCAUAGCGAUGUUCAGAGGAUGCAGGAGAGAGAGCGGAAUAAGGGGCAGAAGAAAUCUUUGACUGUGCAGAAGAGAUUGGAUCAGGGAGGCCUCAGGACGUUGGCAGAGCCCCACGGAGAAGAAGAAGAUGAAAUCGUCCAGCUGGCUGCUCCUGUGGGAAUUGGGCUAAGGAUGAAUUCCAGGCAGCUGGCAAAGUACCGGGGUAUCCUCGAGGAGCUGAUUGUGGAGGCGUUGCUGUCCACCCAGAACGAAAUGCCAUCCCAAGCAGUCAGCCUCAGAGAAACCCAGCUCUCGUUGGGCUACGGAUCGGGGGGUGACCAUUUUGCCCUCAAGCUCCAGAUGUCCUAG